AUGAAGACUUCUUCCACCACUUCUGUGGCAUUACUAGCCCUCCUGUCACUAACGAUCGCCUCACCUCUCCAACGACGUGCAUCAGACACUGCGAACGACCUCACAAAUGGCAGCGGAUGCAAAGCCAUGACCGUGGUCUUCGCACGAGGGACAACUGAGACAGGAAACGUGGGCACACUCGCUGGACCGCCAUUUUUCUCUGCUCUUCAACAACAGGUUGGAGCCAGCAACGUUGCUGUGCAAGGAGUUGAUUAUCCUGCGGAUAUCCCAGGCUUCUUAGCUGGUGGUGAUAAAGCAGGGAGUGCAUUGAUGGCGAAGAUGGUUGGGAUGGCGAUGACAACGUGUCCAGACACGAAAGUUGUCAUGGCUGGCUAUAGUCAAGGUGGACAGUUGGUACACAACGCGGCAAAGAUGCUCAGCGCUAGCCAGUCAGCGGCUGUGAGCUCCGCUGUCAUCUUUGGCGACCCAGACAAUGGUGCUGCAGUUGGGAGUGUUCCUGCUGCAAAAACAAAGGUCAUUUGCCACACUGGAGACAACAUUUGUCAAAAUGGUGAUGCGAUUUUGGCACCACAUUUGACGUAUUCUACAAACGCUGGAGAAGCGGCGAGUUUUGUAGCAGGCGCGGCAGGAAUGUAG